AAUGACGAUUGUUUUACACGUCAUCCCAUCAUGUAUCGAUUUUACAACAUCGGAAUCCAUUCGAAUCUGUCAACAAUAUGAUCCACGAUGUGAACGACAAAUCAUUGUCGCAUCAAAAAUCGAUAAACAUGAUCAAGGCAUCGGAGAAAAACUGCAGGGAAUCGGAGCUGGAUCAAUUUAUUUAUCCUUAGGUUGUGUUGCUGUUCUCAAUCGUAAACAAGAGGAAAUCGAUGGGAAAGUUUCAUUUGCCGAAAUGAGACGACGAGAAGAGAAUUUCUUUCGGACAAAUCCAGCGUUUCUCAAUGUUCCGAAAGAAUAUUUAGGUAGUCGAGAGUUAGUGAAGAAACUCGUUUCUAUUCAACAAGAUCGCAUUCGCUCGAUCUUACCGACGAUCAUCGAUGAAGUCAAACAAAAGCUUCAAGAAACGCGUAACAUUCUCAGCCAACAUCCAUCGGCGAUUUUGACCGAAAACGAUGCACGAAUAGCUUUUAUCGAAAUUCUUCGAAAUUAUCGUACAGAGGUGGAAAAAUGUUGCAAAGGUGAUUAUGCGAUUGAUACGGAAAAAGCAACAAACGGUUUCGAUCCACUUAACACUCAAAACUGGGAUGAACGGAUUGCUUUUCAUCUGAAGAUGUUUGUCAAAGCGAUUUCAACACAACUUCAUGAGAUUUUAUCGAAAUUUUCUUUAACAAAACAAAAGACAAACAUUGCGAACAUAAUCGAUGAAAACUACGGCGGUGGUUUGCCAAACUUUCCAACAUCGAAUAUUGUCCAACAACUGUAUCAACCAUGCCAUAAGAAGCUUGAAGAACCUUGUAAACAACUGGUCGCCUAUGUCGCGAAAUACAUGGUCGCAUGUCUGGAAUAUAUUCUAAAGAAGGUUUUACCUGCGGAAGCCAGUUACAAGGACGCACUAGUACAUGAGAUCAGUAAAAUUGUGAAAGCUACAAUUGAAAAAAGUAAAGAAAAGUGUCUCGAAAGUGUGCAACAAAUGUUAGAAAUGGAAGAAAGAGUCUUCACGGUCAAUCCACAAUAUAUGAAAACUUUCACCGAAUUGAAGAAAAGCGAACCGGAAAAUGAUACUCUGUUGGGUCUUCGAUCGUAUUGUUCGAUUGUUCACGCUCGAAUUGUUGAUCAUCUGUCUCAACUUUGCGUCUAUUGGUUUGUUCGCAAUGGUUUACUUGCUCUCGAUAAGAAGUUAAACACCGCAUUCACUCCUGCUGAACUUUUGAAGAUCAUGAAGGAUUUACCGAUUGUCGAACAGAAGAGAGCUGCGCUAAAAAGAAGUAUCGACUCAAUGGAACGAGCGCUGGCUACUGCAGAAGAGGACUAA